GAAUUUCUGCUUGUAAACUGCAUAGCCACUGGAGAAAUGGACAUCAGUAUUGAUACAGGAACUGAAUAUGCUGAGCUGGUUCUAAAUGUGGGAAGAGUCAUUCUUGGAGAGAAAAAUAGAAACAAAAUGAAAAAUUGUCAACUGAGAAAGAAGCAGAAUGAUAAUGUCUUACAUGCUUUGUGUGCUCUGCUCAACUCUGGAGGGGGCGUGAUCAAGGCAGAAAUUGAAAAUAAAGACUACAAUUAUUGCCGGGAUGGAAUAGGACUAGAUUUGGAAAAGUCUUUUAGAAGUAUUCGAUCACCUGUAUCUAGAUACCUAGACGUGAUGCAGAAGGGAGACAACUUUCUGAUUUUCGUAAAAUCACGGAGGAACUCGGAAACAUCUGAUCUGCGGAUUAUCACCUUGAACACCAAUUUGUACAAAAGAGACGUAACAGCUACAGAAGCCCUGGAUGCGACUGCUGCCCGGGACUUCCUCAAAGACGUGAAAAAAACUCGAGGGAGAUCGUGUGUAAGACCAGGAUUGCCUGCAAAGAGGGCUGGUAUAGAUGGAGUACAAGAAGAAAGUAACAUAGAGGCUUUGGCUGAUGACUUUUUCAAACGUACAGAACUUGCGCAUAAAGAAAAAGUAAACUUUACCGAAUCCACACAUGUUGAAAUGAAAGACUUCUCAACAGGAAAAUGGUUACAACGAAUUAAAGAGAUUCUCCCUCGAUAUGUUUCUGCAUUUGCAAAUACGGAUGGAGGAUAUUUGUUCAUUGGUUUGAAUGACAAUAUGGAAAUAAUUGGUGUUAAAGCAGAAAUGAGUGAUCUUCAUAAAUUAGAACAUGAAAUAAAAGAGUGUAUUAAGAAACUGCCUGUCCAUCACUUCUGUAUGAAACCAAGUGAGAUAAAAUACUCAUGCAAAUUCCUUCCAGUCUGGAGUUUUUCGGAGGGCAUUGAGAGAAGUCUUUGUGGAUAUGUCUGUGCACUCAGAGUGGAGCGAUUCUGCUGUGCAGUGUUUGCGGAAAACCCUGAUUCCUGGUGUGUCAGAGAUGACCGUGUGAGGCAGUUCACCACGAUGGAAUGGAUCCAGCUCAUGGUGGAGGAUAAGCCAGGACUGUCAGAAGAGAAAAUACGUACUCCAGACGUCCAUUACAUUAAAUUGUUCUUGGAAAUAAUAUGGAAAGAAAUGGGCUUUGUUAUUCAAGGUUCAUGGAUCUUCUUCUCCAGGAGCUGGUCUUUGUAUGUGGGCUUGGAAGGGAACCAGAAAGUCAUCUGUGAUGCUCUUCUGAUUUCCCAGAGAACUCCACCAGUCCUAUUAACCUUGUGUGGGUCACCAGACAAGGAGUUAGAAGGCUAUUCUACACAGACUGCCCUAACUUUAAAGCAGAAACUAGUAAAACUGGGUGGCUACACUAGAAAACUUUGUGUCAGGAGAAAGGUCUUCUGCUUGAGUCCUGAAGGCAGGGGAAUCUGCUAUUACGAUUCAGAAAGGGAUGCAGUUUACCCAAAUCCCUAUUACUGUGUAACCAGUGAAACAAAGAAUGCCUUGCUGGUGGCCCUUUCCAAAGUCUUAGGGACAUGCAACUCUUUGACAUUCAGGGUUUUCAUUCGGCGUCCCAGUGUCCCUCACCAGAAUCAAUAUGAUGUUAUUUAA